GGAGGGUAUGAAAAUAAUGAAAAGGAAAGCUCACAAAAAUGACAUGAGAUGGCAGAUGCGUGUUUGGACGAUUAUUCUGCUCUAGGUUCGAGAGUGUCAAGUUAUGACAACCAAUUGCUAGAGGCUCCAGAGGAAGAAGAAGAUUUUGAUGUCCUCAAUGAGGAGACAUUCGGGGAUAUUGGCAAUGCGGAGUUUGACUGGGAAGAGCAGACAGAGAAGUUUGCGGAGGUGCUGGAGUCAGACCGCCACAAUGACUCAGGCUUCAACACUGCUGAGAAAGUGUACCGCUCACAUGAGGAGUAUAUGGAGCAGAGUAUCAGUCAGCUGAUGGUGGAUGAUGAUGACCCUGACCCCGCCAUUGUCAGGUCCAAACCUAUACCACAGCGGCAGCAGACCCUUGACAGCCUGUUUGGUCCAGCGUCUCCCCCCAGCUUCCUGGACGCGGAACAGCUCAUGUCACCCACCAGCAAGAACAUCUGGGGCUCCCCACUCCAGGAGUCCCCCUACCAUCCGCCCUCACAUGUCAACAACAUACAGGCCAUGUUCGACCUCGCCAAGAGUUCCAACACUGUACGUUCACGUGUGCAAUCCCUACAAUAUUCAGUGGAUUGCCCAGUCGCCCACAUUCACGGUCCCCAUUCCAAGGCCCCGCCAAUGCAGCUUCCUAAAGCCCAGACCCUUGAGGAGAUCGAGAACUCCCUGAUGCGUAAACCCCGCAUCCUCACCGCUGAGGAGCUUGAGAGACAGUUACGAGGGGAGUCAAGUGCCCCACCCGUCCGCCAGCCAGUCUCACAGACUUUCUCAUCAGUGUUGCAGAAUGGACAUCGAGUGUCGGCAGCUCAAUACAACGUGCCUCCUCCAGCCCUCCAAGGAUCUCCCCAUAGUAGAAUGGCUCCAGUAAGCUCCAUGCAGGGAAUGGUAAACGGUCAUCGGUCCCCAGUGUUUGGUGGCCCCCCGGGCCUGGUAGGCAGUGCUCCCUCCACCCCUGGCCGUCCUCCCCCACCCAGGGGCAUGCCCAUCCCGCCAGUGGGAUCUGUAGCUCCGGGAUCCCCCGCCAUGCCUGUGGGAACUCCGCCAUAUAGAAGUGGUGCUUCUCCUCUUAACAGACAGUCACCAGGCACUCCAGGUCCAGGGUUGUCCCAGCCCAUUGGUAUUCCACGGGGAAUGAGGGGUCUGCCCCCCUCAGGGAGCCCCUUUUCUAGCCCCCAGGCAAUGGUGGGCAGUCCUCAGGGUCCCAUACAAAGUCCUCAACAGCUACUACACAGGAUGCCUCCCCCUGGUAGCUAUGGUGACAAUAACAGGAACAAUGGCAACAUGAUGUACCAGUCAUCUCCUCACAUGCAAGGUCCGUACAACCGUGAACAUCGUCAGCUUGGUCGCAGUGACCACCAGCAGCAGCACAGGGAGCACCGCUACUACCGCUACCCGUACAACCAGAAGCACGAGUCUCACGGCGACCAUGCCCCCCUAUCAGCAGGAAAACGUGGCAGUAAGGACCAGGAUGAUUAUGACGGGCUCAUGGCCCAGAAGGAAAAAGACUGGAUCAUCAAGAUACAGCUGCUUCAGCUUCAGACUGACAAUCCACUGGAGGAUGACUACUACUACACUUCCUGGUGUAUGCGUAAGAAGGCUCGUGAACAGGAGAAGGAAGGAGGUGCCAGCAACUCAAAACUUGUCAUCCCCUCCAUGGCACGCAUGGAACACAGGGCUUACAAACCUGCCCAGUUUGAAGGAUCCCUUGGUCGGCUAACAACAUCAAGUGUUCAUAAUCCCCGCCAGAUCAUUGACCUGUUGGCCAAGAGCAUGUCAGACAAAGGAGGAGCCAAGACCAAGUCCACAGUCGGAAAAGAGCUGAGGAAGUCGAGACAACUCCUUAUGGACAUUGAAAAGGGAUACAACAUUCUCCUGAUCAUUGAGGAUUUGGAAACCAAGAUUCUAGCACUUCCUGAAGAUACAGCAAAGCCCCUACUGGAGGAGCGCUCCUGCUACGUGGACCUUUUGUUCCACUACCUGCUGUGUGACGGCAACUCUGCGUCCUUCAUGCAGUACAUGAACGUCAGGAAGGGCCGAUCUCUCACUCGUAGGGCUCUACCAUGCUUGGAUAAGGUGCAGUCUGUGGGCAUUGUGUCUCUGGUAUGCAAGAAUCUGCAGCAGCUCAUGAAGAAAGACCAGACAGAUGAGCACCUAGAGGAGCUGUUUGUUCCCUGUGCGAGUGUGAUCGAAGGAUGUAACCUGGCCACAGUGGUCAUGUUUGCAGAGGACAUACAGCAGGAAGACACGCCCUCCACAACCAAACCUAUUGCCCUUGCACUGCAGAACAAGUUUGGCAGUUCAAUCCUGUGUGCCCUGCUACACCGAGGAGAGAAGAUCUACAGUACACUUUCACCUGUGGACCUUGAUAGCAACCUACAGAACGAAUGGUGUGAGUUUGUCCAUGAGUUUGCUGGCAUUCUGGCCACAUUGCCCCUAGAGUGUAUCGCCGCCCCGCUCGAGACUUACCCCGACAUCUCUGAACAUCUUGAGCGGCUCCUUAACAAACGCCUGCUGGCCGUGGUAGAAGAUAACCUUGACAUCUUUACCCAGACUAGGCAGUCCUGAUCCCAUCUCAUGGAGGAGAAGAAAUGAUGGGAUUCAAAGAGUUUUUCUUGUGUGCUAACAUUUCUAUAUAGGUUUGGUGUAAUAUUGACAAUGUGAAGGCAUUUGCAAGGGAUAAUUGAAAAUGGUAACGUUUUCAGGAAAAAAAAAAUGCUGAUGCAGAAAUAUGGUACUUUCUAGAAGUUGUAGUUUAUAUAUAGGGUGAGGUUAAAGUCAUGAUUGUUGUGAUUAUGCAGAGAAUAGAAAUAGAUCAUUGUGAUACAUGGUAGGGCUUUCCUGGGGCUAAACAAUAUUCAAUUAUUUUUGUUCUCUUCCCUUCUUUAUUUGUAAUAUAACUUGCUUUUUCGGCCAGGGGUUGUUGAACAUGGCAUGAAAGUAUUUUAGGGCAUGUGUUUAGUUAUCACAUCUUUUAGUUUAUUUGAAGACAUCAUCUUGAGUGUUUUUUUACUGUGAAUGAAGAGAUUGAAGUUCAUUUUUUUAACAGAUUAAUUUAGACAGAAAAAAUUACCAGUUGUUGGUUGUCAAUCAAGCAAUCAGUUGAUCGGUUAUGUAAAUGAAUAACAUGGAUAAAAUGGAAAUCUUCCGCCAAAUAAUCUUGAAAAGUUACAAUAAUUACUAUGGCGACUGGUCAAUUUAUUAACAGUAGUACGUGAACAUGAAUUAUAUUUCUUAUAUCUCAUUAUUCUCUGUUCACUCCAUGUCCGUUGUAGCUUCACAUUGUGAUAGAAAAUUGUUAUAGCCAUAAUUAUAUUGUAUGCUUUAUUUUUGGCGCCCAUCAUCGUAAUCUCAUACUUAAUUUGGUUCUUGGAUAACUUCAUUAGAAAUAUUUUGUCCUUCUUACUGAUAUUAACCUGCUGUUCUACAAAGCCAUUUAAUUGUCUGUUGUUUUUGAACUCUUUUGAUAGUAAAGUUUUGAUACAAUUUAAUGUUAAUACAGUUUUUUUAUCACUCUUUCAAUUAAAGACAUGUAUUUUGUGUAAACUGUAUUUUUAAGGAAGUCUUGUUUUGUGCCCAUUUGUAAUCAUUGGUUCUCAUAAGCUGUUUUAUGCACAAAGAGUAGCUAUCCUUCUACCAGUGUUUCCCUGGUUGAGAUUUUCUAUUGUCACUAGAUGGACUUGUACAUAGGUAAUCCUACUUUGUAAAUUUAUGUUACUUUUGUCGUAGAAUUUAUUUGAUACAAGCCCUGACUGGUAGGGUCUGUGCUGGUUUCCUAUGAUUGCUGGUGUCUUUGUUUCCAAAAUUUGACUUUGAAGAUGUAACAAUUCAGUUUAAAGUGCUGAGAUGAUAAAAAGAAGAGAAAAAGAGAAAUAAUAUGAUUCUGCGUUUUUACUUGUUUAUGGUUUCAUAAUGAAAUACGUUAUGAUUAAUAUACUUCCAAAUUAAUUUUUCCUGCAUCAUGAAAUUCCUUUACAAACACACCAGCAGAUAAGGAUCCAGGCUACCCACGGACCAGCCAGGGCAGUUAUUUUUCUUGCUGUUAUGCACUGCAAGCCUGUGGGGCGAUAUUUGUUAGGCCCAGAUGGUGACAUUAGUUAUACCUGUCAACACAGGCGGUAUUGUUGUCAGAAAAUAAACAUCAUUUGUACAGACCUUGAUCCUUUGUAAAAGCUAUUUGAUAAUGAAAUAAGAAAUAAAUCUAUGGCUAUUAGCAUA